AUGGGCCUUGGCGGGUGCCCCUCUUGCCCCAGCCCAGGGCCGGCCCCUGCCGAUCAACCGGCAGCUGCCGAUCAACCGGCAGCUUUCGGGGUUAUCAAAGUUAGCGAGGCAGAAUUUCCGGCCUUAAAUGGCCAGGGUGUUUCCUAUGCUGUUCUGCAGUUCCCUUCGGGUUCCUUAAAUCCACCCCACCGCCAUCCCGAAUUGGCUGAGCUUCUUUUUAUUCUCACCAGCUCUCUCGAAGUUAGGUUCAUCGAUGCAAACAAUGUGUUACGUAGUCAGACACUUGAAGCUGGAGAUGUGUCCGUUUUCCCUAAGGGGGUAAUACAUUAUCAGUACAACUACGGGCAGGACUCGGCGUUUGCGAUUUCGGCUUUCGGCAAUGCAGAUGUUCGAACCGUACGUAGUCCGGGGUCUAUGUCUUCAACUAACAUUAGAGAUGAUAACAUUGCUAAAUCUUUCAAGAUUGAUGGUCGAGGCUGA